AUGAGUCUCCGAGGAAGAGAGUACCAGUACUUCUACGAAGACGACGAAAACGAAGAACUUGAUACAAUCUCACGGGCGUCUGAACCCCGAUCUUCAAACGGUGGAAGUUACUAUAUUAAACGCUACGUCAUUGCGCCCGACUCCCGUUCCCACCGGGACGAUUCUGGAAGCGAGAUCUUGCCCCGCCGCCUUAAUACGAUGGACCGUCGCCAGGAGUAUGAAUAUGUUGACAUCGACCGCGAAUCAUACCGGGGGUCAACCUAUUCUCCCCAUGAAGAUGAAUACCAGGUUGUUCGUCAUCAUUCUGAUGGCAUAGAAGAUCGCACUGUCUUCCAUCGAUCACCCCAUGACUCUGAUUACUGGUAUGAGCGCCGCAUUCGAGAAUAUGAUGAGGAUCCCCGAGACUAUGACGACCGCUACUCGGACCGCUAUUCAGAUCGUUAUUCAGAUAGCCGAUCAAGCCUGGGACAUCGCCGUCGACAUCAUCGCCAUGAUCGCGAUUACGAAAGCGAUGACGAGCAUGAUCAUCAUCGUAGGCACAUGGCAGAAGGCGCUCUUGCUGGUGUCGGUGCCGCAGAGUUAUGGCGGCGCAAUAGCAGAAAGGACCACGGAAAAGAGCAUUCUGGCACUCUUUCACGCCUAACGAAGGACCUUGGCGCUGGAGCAGUGGGCGCAUAUGCUGUGGACGCCAUAUCCAGACACCGAAGCAAAUCUCGCCGUCGCGCUGACUCUCUAGAUCGUGGACGUGAUCGUGAGCAUUACAGUCACAGACAUCGAUAUCAUAGCAGACAUCAUCGCAGCCGGUCUCGCCGCCAUCGUUCUCGUUCCUCUUCAUCUCAUUCACGUACGAAGACGCUUGCUGGCCUUGGGAUUGGCGCAGCUGCUAUUGCUGGCGCCGUAGCUAUCGCGCAUAAACAUGCAGAAAGCAAAGCUGAGAAAGAAAACGCUCCUAAGUCUGAGAAGCAGCGCGGCCGAAAGAGCCACUCCCGACACCGUCGUCACCGCCAGGAUUCACAGUCUACCCAAUCUUACUCAUCUGACACAGAAGAUUCGGAACAGCGACGCAAAAAGUCUGCUGAGCAUCGCAAUCAGCGAAUGGCGGAAGCCGGUCUUGCCGGUGCUACAGUAGCGGGAAUUGUUGAACAUGCUCGCAGCAAGUCACGCUCCCGCAGAGGCCAUCGUUCCAGGUCUCGCUCUCACAGCCGAAUAAGGCAGGGUAUACCCAUUGCUGCUGCAGGACUGGGUAGUGCAGCUAUUGCUGCAAUGUAUGAGAACAACAAGCAGAAGAAAGCUGAAAAGAAACAUGAAAUGGACAAAGAAGAACGACGUCGCUCUCGUUCGCGCUCCCGACAUCGACGAUCGCGGUCAACAUCUUACUCAGAUGCGGCGCGAAACAUGGCUGGUCUUGACAUCAAUGACAGAUCCCAGCCUCCAGAACUAAUUCAGUAUGGCGACGAUCCUGUCUAUGGUCGCAUCCCGGCUGCGGAUUAUUAUGGCCGCCCUGAUCAGCCUCGGCUAGAAGAGCCAUCACGCAGACGCAAGAGUCGCAACCGAUCGAGGCAUGACUCUUACAGCGAUUCAACUGAAUACGCUGGGUCUGAUAGUGAAGAGCGACGCCGAAGAAGGAAGGAUAGGAAGGACAGGCGUGAAAACCGUUCACGUAGCCGUCACGGAAAUGGAAAUCUUGCCGCAGGGCUAGCUGCCGCCAGCCUAGCUGCGGGAGCUGGGUAUGCAGGACACGAAUAUGCAAAGCACCACCGUGAUCAGAAGCAUAGCAAUGGCCGUGCUGAAUAUGAUAGGGACUACCGUGACCCAUAUGAAGAAGAAUAUCCGUCCCCUCCUGGCCCACCUCCAGGGCCUGCUUCAUAUCAACCUCCGGCAGCGCAGGAGUACUAUGGUGUUCCUCCUCCCCCAGGACCACCUGGGGGAAGGGGAUAUCCUCCUCCACCCGGACCUCCACCUGGGCCAGGUUACUUUGGUGGCCCAGGGCCAGGGGGACCUCCAGUAUAUCGAGGAGAUGAGAAUGUAUGUUUCCGCAAAACCCUUGCUUCGUAUAAUGUUGUACACGACUAA